AUGGCAAAAACAACGAUAAAUUCAAAUUGUGUAUCAACAAUAAUACCUUCUUCUUCCUGCAAGUUUACAUUAGAUGAAUGGCAUCUUAACAAUCAAUUCAGACACCGAUACGCUAAAGCGCAACAGAAACGAGCAGACAGAAUUUUAAUCGAAGCAAAGCGCAUGUGCGAAUCUGUCGCGGGAAUUGUCAAAACCAACAAGGAAGAGACUGAUCAUCAAUUGAGAGCAAAAGUUAAUGACAUCGAGUUUCGAAAGGAGGAAUUGCUACGAAUCAGGAAAGAUAUUGUUUUAGAAAUUGACGGACUUUUGAUUUACAAACAACGAAUUAUAAAUACUUUAACGUCCGUAAAAAGAAACGCACUCGAAAUUUGCAAGAAAUGUCUCGUUGCUAGGGGACGUAGGUUAGGUAUUGAUUUGGUUCACGACGACGUCGAAAAGGAAUUGUUAAUAGAGUGCGAGAUGAUCCAAGAGGCAGAAAAUUUAUUAGCUCGUGUUUUAGAAGAAAUUUGCGAACAAAUUCGUAAAUCGAAGGCGGCACUGUACCGUAUUGAUAAUGAUCAUGAAAAUAAAGAGUGCAAUCUACAUAUCGAUCGACGUAAUAUGGCUUUGAAAAAAAUAGAUUUCGAUUUGAAUAUUUGUCAGGCUACUUUACAUUCUGGUAUACUGAUGACAAUGAAUGAAUGGGAACAGCAAACAAACAGCAAUGUAAUUGACGCGACUAAAGCAAUAAAUGAUGCAAAACGAUUACGUUCUUACAUCGAUACAAUAAUUAAACAAACAAUCGACGGAUUAAAUGGACAAAAAUAUGUCACGAAUAAAGCUUUAAAACGUCGUAUCGAACAAACCCAAGAAGCUAAAACAAAAUUGGAACUUCAGCACUCGGAGAUAGUGAAACAAGUAGCUGCUAUGUCGAAUAAUAUCACGCAAAUAAAAAGCUCUAUAGCUGAUAAAGAGGGUUACAUGGCUCUAAUUAACGCGAGACUAGAAUCCCGAUGUCUACGUCCGGAGACGGAAGUUACUCGAGAUUUAGCUGAGAUUAAUCUCGUGAAGGAAAUAUACACUCUGCAGAAAAUCGUGGCGAACUUACAACAAAUGCUUUGCGAAGCAGAGACGUCGCUUCGUUAUUUAUUCAAGACACAGGUUCAACUUGAAGAAGAUAUCAACAUCAAGACGAAUACUUUGCAAAUUGAUGACGUUGAGUGUAAUAUUUUGCGUCAGAGUAUAGAUUAUCACGCACAUUAAUGUGUCGGUAUAAAUAAUAAUUUACCUUGUCAUGUUGGAUCAAAGACAGAAUGAAAUAACGUACUAUUAGUGUUCUUCUCUUGUGGUAUUUGUUACAUAAAAAAUACAAUUCGGCGCAACCACAACCGUGUGCAGCUUCAACUGUUUAUCAUCAAAUCAGAAUCGCGUAAACGGCGG